CGCGCCUACUUAACGAUGAACUUGAUCGGCUAUGUAUAAGCGCAAUCAAGCAAAGCGCAGGCACCCGUACGUCGAUCUCCAAGAAGCGGACGCGGGCUAUCUAAGCAGGCGAUGGCGGCGGCGGUGAAGGUGUACGGGUGGGCGAUGUCGCCGUUCGUGGCGCGCCCAUUGCUGUGCCUGGAGGAGGCAGGCGUCGACUACGAGCUCGUCCCCAUGAGCCGCGAGGCCGGCGACCACCGCCAGCCGGACUUCCUCGCCAGGAACCCCUUCGGCCAGGUGCCGGUUCUCGAGGACGGCGACCUCACUCUCUUCGAAUCGCGGGCAAUCGCGAGGCACGUGCUUCGCAAGUACAAGCCGGAGUUGCUGGUAGGCGACGGCUCGCCGGAGUCGGCGUCCACGGUCGACAUGUGGCUGGAGGUGGAGGCCCACCAGCACCACCCCGUGUUGGUCGCCAUCACGAUGCAGUGCCUCGUCGCCCCGCUCCUCGGCAACGCGCCGGACCAGGCCGUCCUCGACGAGAACCUCGGGAAGCUGGGGAAGGUGCUGGAGGUGUACGAGGCACGGCUGUCGGCAUCCAAGUACCUCGCCGGGGAAUCGGUCAGCAUCGCCGACCUCAGCCACUUCCCGAUGAUGCGCUACUUCAUGGAGACCGAGUACGCGGCGCUGGUAGAGGAGAGCCCCCAUGUCAAGGCGUGGUGGGAGGAGCUCAAGGCGAGGCCGGCGGCCAGAAGGGUGACGGAGUUCAUGCCGCCUGACUUUGGGCUUGGAAAGAAGGCAGAGAAGUGAUGGGUGAUGACAACAACACCGGCAAACUGGCCUGCCGCCUGCGGCUGCGGGCGAUGGUCACCGACAUACGUUCUGUGGCCUGAUACAGACUGAAUUGCAUAAAACCAUCACAUUUUGGGCUUCUUGUGCAGAAAACCACCUGGUCCCUAAUCAUUUACAAAAAUUACCACACAUUCAGUAAACUUUUUGCAAAAAA